GGGGGAUGGAUUGGACUGCUCUCUGGGUGUCUCUUCUUUAAAACUCCUGUGCUCUGUCUAACUUACAAUCCUCAUAUGACUGGGUAUAGGGACAGGAGCAGGCUUCCAACCAGCAUCAUCCACACCUGAGAACACUCAAAGACUCUGUAGCUGUCCCAUUUUGAAAAUAAACACAUUUUCCUCUUGACUUGACACUAUAAUACAGAGAGAAAGAAGUCCUCCAAGUUUGUGAUUGUGAGAGGGACACCAUGUGGGACUUUACAGAGAUGACACUACUCCUGUCUUUCCUGGUGGCAGUGGCAGUGGCUCAAGGACCCAUCUGGAACAGCUCUCUGUUUAAGAAGUGGAACCAGACAGAAAGGAGCAGGAAGCUGGCCUACAACACACUGACCGAGCCACAGCAGACCACAGGUGUGACUGAAUGGACGUCCUGGUUCAACAUCGACCAUCCAGGGGGGAAUGGAGACUACGAGCGGUUAGAGGCCAUCCGGUUCUACUACAGGGAGAGGGUGUGUGCCCGGCCGGUGACCAUGGAGGCCCGCACCACAGACUGGGUAGCAGCAGCAGAGACUGGAGAGGUGACCCACUCCAGCCUGGAGAAGGGCUUCUGGUGCAUCAACAAGGAGCAGCCCUACGGACGCAUCUGCUCCAACUACCACGUCCGCUUCCAGUGCCCACCAGUUCAGGCCUACUGGACAGACUGGGCCGCCUGGGGAACCUGCUCUGCUACAGCCUGUAAUGACGUGGGCAUCCAGGUGCGCAAGAGGAAGUGUAUGAGCAUCCAGCCCCUGCCCCUGCUGCUGGUGCCCCCAUGCCAGGGCCACCACACAGAGAGGAGGGAGUGUGCCACCCCGCCAUGCGAAGCCAAGUGGAUUCAUUGGAGUCCAUGGGGAGCAUGCUCGGUGACCUGUGGCAAGGGUCGCAGGAUCAGGAGGAGGACCUGUGUGAGAACCUCUGUAACAGUGCAGUGUGUGGGACGAGCGGCGGAAAUCCAGAAAUGUGGGAAAAAUCCAUGCCCACCCAAUUGUAAUCGCGAGUGUCCCAAAGGUCGGCCCAGUGAGGACUGCAGUCGCUGUGUGUGUGAGGGCCACGUGCUCCAGGGAGAGGUCCUCAGUAUGUCCGGUGUCCCUGUAGCGGGGGCCAGGAUAGUGCUGGCCAGCCAGCCCAAGAUCAUCCACGCCCGCACUGACGCCAAAGGCCUCUUCAGACUCCCAGGGGUCUGCUCCAGCUCCCCCACCCAGCUCUACAUUCACAAGGAGAAGUUUGCCCCUGUUACCGCCUCCACGUCCAGCAACAGCACUGGGUCAUCCUGGGUACGGGCGGUCCUAAAGUCUGCAGAGAAGCCAUAUGUUGUAAAGCACCCGGAGGACAAAGUGCGCUACGAGGGACAGCGUGUGAUGUUGUGCUGCAAGGCAACAGGGUCGCCCAUGCCUGACAAAUACUACUGGUACCACAAUGGGACCCUAAUGGAUAGGAAUGUGUUUAAAUACGAAGAGGAUCUGCUGUUGAGAGGCCUGAAGCCAGAGCAGACUGGACAUUACUACUGUAAAGCCAGCAGCCAAACAGGCAGCAGCAAGUCUUCGCAGGCAUUCCUCACUGUUAUCGCUAAAGGCACACCGGCAUGCAACCCCACUCCUGAGAACCACCUCAUCCGACUGCCCGUGGACUGUGUUCAGCCUGGGACGGACUCCAAGUUAUACAACGCCGGCCGCUGCCCCCACAACAAGUGUGCAGGCUCCCUGGACUUCGACCUGCGCUGCAGGGAUGGAGGUGGCUACUGCUGUGGGGUCCAGAAGAUGGAGAGCCGGGUAAUAGACUGUGGGAGCUACAGCCUGCCCAUCAAGGCUGUAACUGAGUGUGGCUGCCAGAAGUGUGUAGUGCCCAAGGUGCUGGUACGUGGCAGGGUGGUCACAGCAGACAACGAUGAACCACUGCGUUUUGGGCACAUGUACAUUGGCAAGGAGAGAGUAGGCACCACAGGGUACAAAGGAGGCUUCACACUCAAUAUAACCCCAGACACAGAGAGGCUGGUAGUCAACUUUGUGGAUCCCACGCAGAAGUUCAUUGACACUCCUAAGGUGUUUAUCUUCGACAGGAGAGGGGGGUAUGUUUACCAUGACGUGAAGGUGAUGAGAAAGCAGGAACCUAUUGAUAUCAAUGCUGGAGAGACAAAUACCAUUGACUUAACAGAUUUUAAAGGGGAGGACCCUAUUGGACAGAUCGUCAUACCUCCAAAUUCUUUCCACAAGAAUAAUGGGGAGGUGUACAAAGGUACAGUGAAAGCCAGUGUCACCUUCAUUGACCCCAGGAACAUCACCACAGCUGCUGCAGCUCCUGGUGACCUCAACUUUGUGGACGAUGAGGGUGACAUGCUUCCACUGAGGACAUAUGGGAUGUUUUCUGUUGACUUCAGAGAUGAGGCGAACCAGGAAGUCCUGGGGGCUGGAGCGGUCCAAGUACUCCUAGACACGCAGCAUGUCAAAAUGCAAGCUCACAUUCCCAAAAUGAAACUGUGGUCCCUCAACCCAGACACAGGCAUCUGGGAGGAGGAGAGUGACUUUCACUACACUCAGGCCACAUCUGGUGGUAAUGGGAGGAGCAAGCGAGAGGAGCGUACUUUCCUCAUAGGUAACAUGGAAAUCAGGGAGCGCCGACUUUUCAACCUGGACGUGCCUGAGAACCGCCGCUGCUACGUAAAAGUGCGGGCGUACAUGAAUGACAAGUUCCUGAACACUGAGCAGCUGGAAGGUGUGGUCAUCAGCCUGAUAAACCUGGAGCCCAAGCCUGGCUUCUCCUCUAACCCCAGAGCAUGGGGUCGCUUUGACAGUGUGAUAACCGGACCCAAUGGAGCUUGCCUGCCAGCCUUCUGUGAUGCCCAGGUGCCUGAUGCUUACACAGCUUAUGUCACAGGAAUUAUGGGUGGUGAAGAGCUGGAGGCAGCUCCCUCAACCCCCAAGAUGAACCCAAACAUCAUUGGAGUGUCUCAGCCAUACUUAGACAAGAUAGACUACCAGCGAUCAGACCACGAUGAUCCAGCUCUCAAGAAAACAGCCUUCAGAAUCAACUUGGCAAAACCCAACCCCAACAAUGUGGAAGAGACCAAUGGACCAAUAUACCCUUAUCAGAGUUUAAUAGACUGUGAAAAUGCUGGAGUCGAUGCAAACCACUUCCGAUUCUUCAGAGUGGAAAAGGACAAAUACGAAUACAAUGUUGUGCCCUUCCAAGAGAACGACUUAACAUCGUGGACGGGUGACUACCACUCCUGGUGGCCCAACCCUCAGGAGUUCAGGGCUUGCUACAUCAAGGUCAAGAUCCAGGGGCAAAAGGAGGUCAUGAUAAGGUCACAGAACCAUGGAGGCACCCACCCUGAGACCGCAGGUCAGCUGUACGGUAUAAGAGACAUCCGCAGCACCCGUGACAUGCAUGUGGCCAACACCUCCGCAGCUUGCCUCGAGUUCAAGUGCAGUGGCAUGCUCUUCGACCAAGCCGCAGUCGACAGGUCCCUCAUAUCAGUCCUCCCACAGGGCAACUGUCGGAGAGUGGACAUCAACAGCCUGCUAAAGGAGUACCUGACCAAGCACCCCCCUACCUCACCGAACAACGAGUCCCAUGCCUUCAACAUGCUGGGCCCUGUCGACCCCUUGGGGCACAACUAUGGCAUUUACACGGUCACAGACCAGAACCCUAGGGUGGCAAAAGAGAUCGCCAUCGGACGCUGCUUUGACGGUACCUCUGACGGGUUCUCCAGGGAGAUGAAGUCAGACACUGGAGUUGCUCUGACCUUCAGCUGCCCAGAAAGGACUGUGACCAGGGAGAGUCUCUUCCAACGCCUCCAGACGAACCCCAGUCAGACUCUUUCUCAGAUGGCCCGGGACAUGCGGGAGGCGCAGGGGCUGCAGGUUCGGGGAAGGUCCUCCCGGGUGGUGACCUACCCCUCUGGGUCCAGCAGCCGCAGAUCCAGCUCCUCUACAAGGAGGAGAUCCGUGAUGCGGGCACAGGACAGGCAGUAGAUCUGCCGUUAAGUCUUUGGGUUGGAAAUAAAGAAGAUGGCGUCCCCACAACCAAAUAAUUAAAUGUCAGGUUGGGUCAGCUUGGUGAUGUUGGAUGUGAACUUUCUCUGAACAGCACGGUACCCUAUUGAAACAGUAACCAUUCCGGCAAAACCACACGGAGGAGAGAAAUUAAGACAUGUAUUUUCUCUGAAACUUACUUGAAGGGUUUGGCAAUAAAUAUCAGUAUUCAUUUUCUUAUUUGAGAAGAAUUACAUUUCUUUAGCUUUCAUCAGUCCAGCAAAGGACAUGAAUUUAAUUGGCGUUAAUAGGCUUUUAUGAAGGAAACGACAAAAUCAAUUUCUGAGAAAUCAAGUUUAUAUUUGGAUUUGUAGCGUUCCACAUUAACCAUUGUGGCCGUCUUUUCUGAUGUCUAUGAUUGCAUGAGUUACAACCAACUGUAAAAGCCAGUCUAAAUGCUAAACACUUCCUAAUUGGCCAAAGCUUUCCAUUGUACUCAUGAGUCCCUCAAAAUCAGAGGAAUAUCAGGUCCUAGUGAUCCAGUCUGUUUGUAACAGACAGUGGGCCCCUUUUCUAGAAACCAGGAAGUAUUCUCUACCAAGAAGAGGCCUAUUUAAGAUGCAUUGGGGUGCAAGGAAUUAUCGCGUCCGUGGAACAGAGAAUGCUUUUUAGUACCCUUGUUUCUAGGUUUAAAAAAAUAAAUAAUGUUUAGCAUGUCACAUUGCCAACUGCGAUCCAGACAAACUUUACUGUAACUUAACUACAACAUGCAUCAGGACCCUAGCCAAGACAAGCAUCCCUUAACAAAACGGAUCUCACCAGUAGACUAAACAGAGCCUGCGGUAUGGGACCUGGGAGAAGAGAUUGUGAGGCAUGACACAAUUACCUUCAGCCCUCACUUCCCACAAAGUCCCCAAGUACUCAUCCAACACAACUCUCUGUCUGUUCUUCAACAUCCCUUGUACGUUACUGUCAGGAAUGUAAAAAACAAAACAAAUAAACAACAGACAUGAAAACCCUAUUUAUACAUAGCAGAGAAUUAGCUAGACUAAUUCUGAGGCAGUAUUGUUGUUUGGUGUGGGGGGAUGUCUGUCUUUGUCUCAUGAAGUGCAAUAGCUAUAUUCCAUUUUGACUUGAGAGCCCUUGCAAAUCAUCAUGUGACAAGCCAAUAUACUGCACACUCUGCAGCACUUUACUGCUGGUAAAUAGGGUAAAUCCUUCAGUAUACAGUGCAUUCGGAAAGUUUUCAGACCUCUUGACUUUUUCCACAUUUUGUUACGUUACAGCCUUAUUCUAAAAUUGAUUAAAUAAAAAAUGUUCCUCAUCAAUCUACACACAAUACCUCAUAAUGACAAAGCAAAAAACGUUUUUUUGGAAAUCGCCAUAGAUUUGCAAAUGUAUUAAAAAUAAAAAACAUACCUUAUUUACAUAAGUAUUCAGACUCUUUGCGUUGAGACUCGAAAUUGAGCUCAGGUGCAUCCUGUUUCCAUUGAUCAUCCUUCAGAUGUUUCUACAACUUGGAGUCCACCUGUGGUAAAUUUUAUUGAUUGGACAUGAUUUGGAAAGGCACACACUUGUCUAUUUAAAGUCCCACAGUUGACAGUGCAUGUCAGAGCAAAAACCAAACCAUGAGGUUGAAGGAAUUGUCCAUAGAGCUCCGAGACAGGACUGUGUCGAGGCACAGAUCUGGGGAAGGGUACCAAAAAUGUUAUGCAGCAUUGAAGGUCCCCAAGAACAUGGCCUCCAUCAAUCUUAAAUGGUUCCUCUGUGAAGAUGGGAGAACCUUCCAGAAGGACAACCAUCUUCACCAAUCAGGCUUUUAUGGUAGAGUGGCCAGAUGGAAGCCACUCCUCAGUAAAAGGCACAUGACAGCCCGCUUGGAGUUUGCCAAAAGGCACCUAAAGGACUCUCAGACCAUGAGAAACAAGAUUCGCUUGUCUGAUGAAACCAAGAUUGAACACUUUGGCCUGAAUGCCAAGCAUCACAUCUGGAAGAAACCUGUCACCAUCCCUACAGUGAAGCAUGGUUGUGGCAGCAUCAUGCUGUGGGGAUGUUUUUCAGCUGCAGGGACUUGGAGACUAGUCAGGAUCGAGUAAAAGAUGAACGGAGCAAAGUACAAAAAGAUCCUUGAUGAAAACCUGCUCCAGUGCGCUCAGGACCUUCCAACAGAACAACGACCCUAAGCACACAUCCUAGACAACACAGGAGUGGCUUUGGGACAUGUCUCUGAAUGUCCUUGUGUGGCCCAGCCAGAGCCUGGACUUGAACCCGAUCGAACAUCUCUGGAGAGAACUGAAAAUAGCUAUGCAGCUACGCUCCCCAUCCAACCUGACAGAGCUUGAGAGGAUCUGCAGAGAAGAAUGGGAGAAACUCCCCAAGUCUGUUGAAGCACCUUAGGCAGGGAUUACAAAGUACUGAGUGAAGGGUCUGAAUACUUAUGUAAAUAUGAUAUCAGUUUUUUUUGUAAUAUAUUUACCAACAUUUCCAAAAAACAGUUUUUGCUUUGUCAUUAUGGGGUACUGUGUGUAGAUUGAUGAGGCGAAACAAACAAUUUAAUACAUUUUAGAAUA